CUGGAGACUGGACACUCUCAGCAUGCAGCCUGCUGGAGUUCGAUGGUUGACACCAGGUCUGAGGAAGUAUUUGUGCGAAUUCACACUGGAUCCAAACACAGCGAACAGACACCUCAAACUGUCUGAUAACAACAGGAAGGUGACAUAUGUGAGAGAGGAUCAGUCAUAUCCUGAUCAUCCAGACAGAUAUGACUGCAGGCUUCAGCUGCUGUGUAGAAGUGAUCUGACUGGUCGCUGUUACUGGGAGGUCGAGUGGAAAGGAGGGGUUCAUAUAGCAGUAGCUUACAAAGGAAUCAGCAGGAAAGGAGACAGUGAUGACUGUGAGUUUGGGAUGAACAAUCAGUCCUGGAGACUGGACUGCAAUGAAGGUGGUUACUCUGUCUGGCACAAUAAGAGAACAACAUGUGUCUCCUCCUCCUCUGUCUCUAACAGAGUAGCAGUGUAUGUGGACUGUCCUGCUGGCACUCUGUCCUUCUACAGAGUCUCCUCUGACAAACUGAUCCACCUCCACACCUUCAACACCACAUUCACUGAACCUCUGUAUGCUGGGUUUGGCUUUGGUUUUGGGUUCUGGUUUGACUCAUCAGUGUCUCUGUGAUCUCUGUAGAAUAUUCAUGCCUGGAUCUUGUUGCUGUGCUGAACAUCUCCCUCCCAUGGAAACAUGUUGAGCUGAAAUCUUACAGCCAGUAUGUUCUCCUUUGAAAUGUCCAUUCCAAUGUGGAACAUCUGUUUUUGUUUUGACCUAUGUGAUCCGAUUCACUGUCCAUUCAACCUGAUCAUGGUGCGAGCACAUUAUUUAAACACAUCACAUGCCAGCACCACAUAAUGCAGUGUUAAGAGGUUGUCUUCAUUCCAGGCAUUUCUUCAAGUUAGGAGAUCAGGAUAGAUUCGACCUGACCGAAAAGCUUUGAGUCAGUAUUUUGAAUUUGGACUGUAGUACCC